UCACCUUCGAUUUAGUAUAAAAAGAUCAAUAUGCAUUCAUCAUAUUAACAUAUAAAACGUCUCUAGCUUGUUUUUUCUUUGUAGUCUUGUGCGCCUCGUCCUAAUAAAUCACAGAAAAUGAAAGGUGAAAAGAAAGUGGAAGAAGUGACUUGUCUUUAUAGUCGUCUAUUAUAUUAUUUCUUUGCCUUGACAGUAUCAUUAAAGAUCCUCUUCGAAACUGAACCCCCUAGCUGUAUGCCCGUUUAUGUACACGCAACACUGAGGGCUGCGAAUACUAUAUACCUUGGUAUGGUAAUUAGGUGCUUGUUCAAAGAUGUUCCAGUCCCAAGAUAUCGACUAGGGCCGGAGGGGCGGGCAUUAUUCUUCUUGGCCGUGAUGAUAUUUAUGUAUUGCAUCUCAUAUAAUGUCCAAGACGUCAUGAGCAGAGUAGAGGGGUCGAUAAUUGGCUUGUGUCUUAUACUAGCGGGGAUUUCGAUCGUGCAACUCUCUUGUCCGGUGGAAGAUUUUACAGUUACACAUAUUCUGUCCACCAUAUACUUAGGAGGCUUGUUUGCUAUCUUAGGUGGGUUAGGAACAUUCUCAUCAUGGCCCGACUUUAUUGCAACCCUUUUAUGCUUUUCUAUAACCUUAUUUGUCAUCUGCCUCCUGCUUGAUCCUUUGGAUGACAACUAGAUCAUGCAUGAUUCCCAACAUGAUAUGAGUAGAUGAGUGACAUAUAUUUAUAAUAAUUAAGAUGGCUUCAAAAUAUUUUUACAAACUGUAAACACCAAGGAAAUUGUUUCCUUCGUGAAUUACAAAUAAAUCUUUCAUGUUGUGAUGGGCUCGGUCAGUCGGUUGUUAAGGAGAAUUAUUAAGACCUUGUUAUAAAAUAAUGAUUGUGGUUUUUUAUUUUCUUACUA